GUUUUUGGUAGAAUAUUAUUAAAUGUCCGACGGGUCACAGAGUGUGACGAGUGUUAUGACAAAUAACGGAAUUAUCCUUGAAUUUUUAGAACUUAUUGUUAUUUGAUGCAAGGGCAGCUACAUAUAAAAGUAAUAGGCUUUUGGGUUGUUUACUCAACAUACAGUUUAUAAGUGGUGAUUGUCCUAACCUCUAGAUUUGGCCAAGUCUGUCUAUCUAUUCCCUUAUAAUUACUAAUAGAACCACCUAAAUUAACGAAGUCACGAAUUUAAUAAAAGUGUUGUUUACAUUCCUGGAAGUGUAUAGUGUGCGGGUUCCGUAUCUUUUUUAUUUUAUAAUAGUGAAAUAUCGAAGUUUGAUUUUACUGUCGAAUAUGUGGAAGUUUGUGGUUUUCUGUAUAAAAUGUGUGUAAAUUCAAUUAAAAAGAUCGUCCAGUGUUAUUGUGGUGUAUGUGCUCGGAUGUUGCCGUAGGAUUGCCAUGUCCAGGCUCGUCGAUUACUUCGUCAUAGUGGGAUUUGACCACGAGAAAGAAAGUGGCGGUCUAAGUAGCGGCGUGAUCCUUCAGCGAUUUCCUGAAACCAACUGGGACGAUACACCGUUUCACGAGGGCAUAGAAUGGUUUUGCCAGCCACAAGGAUGGGCGCUGUCGACGGAGCGGUCCGAGCCCCGGUUCUACGUGUCCGUGCUGACGGACGUGGACGCGAACCGGCACUACUGCGCGUGUCUGUGCUUCAACGAGACCGUCGCCAUCACGCCCACCAAGCCAGCGGACGAGGACGAGGAGUCCCUGGACUCGUCGAGGGCGGUGGCAAACAUUACCCACCACAGCAUCAUGUACGCGCCCAAAUGUCUCGUCAUCGUCUCCCGGCAGGACUACAUCGACACCUUCAGAAAUUGUCUUGGCAUAAUCUACACGGUGUGGGUGGAGAACCUAGGUGUGCCAUUAGAGACGCUGGUGGGUAAUCUCCUGGGCUGCGUGCUGGUGCCGCCCGCCGGCGGGCCUCAGGUGCGGUUUAGUAUCGGGGCUGGUGAUCGGCAAGCGCUCCAACCACCGGCGGCUCCGCCUAUGCCGGUCACUCAUACAGCUGUUCACAUGCUGCUAAGGUUACUCGGCAUCCACAACUCGGUGACUCUCUGGUGUGCCGUUAUGAGCGAGCACAAGGUACUGCUGGUGUCCCUGGCGGCCGCCCGUCUCGCGGCCGCUUGCAGAGCACUGGCGGCGCUCAUGUUCCCCUUCAGAUAUGCUCACGUCUACAUACCGCUGCUGCCGGCCGGCCUCGCUGAGGUGUUGGCUACUCCGACCCCCUUCCUCAUCGGUGUACAUUCGAGUUUAAAGGAAGAAGUGUCAGAAUUGCUGGACGUUAUCGUAGCGGAUUUGGAUGUCGGCUCCCUCCACAUACCAGGGGGAGUGAACAUUCCCCGGCCAGAGGGGAAACUCCUCUCCUCGCUGCAGGAUGCCCUCGCGCUCGUACUCCAGCCGGAAUUGCGGUCAGCUGAUUCGGCCUUCGCCCCGCCCCCACCAGCGUCUUCCCCACCACACAUGCUGGAUAAGGAAAUCAGGGCUGUGUUUAUGAGGACGUUGGCGAGGUUACUGCAGGGUUACAGACAUUGCUUGACAAUAAUCCGCAUCCACCCGAGCCCCGUGCUGACAUUCCACAAGAUGGGCUUUCUGGGCGGGCGCGGGUUGUCGCAGUGUCCGUUCGCGGUGCGACUCCUCGACUCCAUGUUCUUCAACGGGCUGGUGGCGGAGCGCGGGCCGCCCUGGCGACCCACCGACAUAUGGGACGACCUCGUCCAAAAUUUGCCAGAGCAGCUCCGACUGGAGUCACUAAAUCCUGAGUUAGAACUGGUCCACAUACAGGACCUGGCGAUGCAGCUGCACCUCAAUGAAAACCCUAAUCCACAGCCGACGUUCCGGAGUCCGUUCAUAGCGGGAAUCAUAUGGCACAUUUGUAUAUUCCGUAUAUACGUCGCUAAAUGUUUUCUCAGUCUUGUGGAAGAAAUUGCUUUCGGAUUUUUUGCUCCAGAUAAUCUCGAGCUGAGCGGCGUGCGCGCGCCGCAGCCGCGCAUCGUGCCGCCCGCGGCGCCGCCCGCCGGCGCGCCCGACCACUGCCAGCUGCUGCUCACCAACUCCGCGCGCAGGCUCGAGGUACUUCGCGCGUGCGUGGCAGCAAUAUUUGAGUGCCGGUACGCGGAUGCCCGAAAAUCCUUUCCUGCCGUGCUGCGGGCCCUGCGUGCCCCCGCCGCCCGCGCCGCCCUCGCGCGGGACCUGGCCGCGCGCCUGCCCAGCAACAAGCACCUGCUGCAUCACCACCAGUUCGAGCUCAUCGUCAGGCUAAUGAACUGCGCGCUGCAGUCCUCUACGCCGUUAGACGAGCAUUCGAUUGCGGCAGCCAUGCUGCCGCUGGCCACCGCGUACUGCAGGAAGCUAUGCACCGGCGUCAUACAGUACGCCUACAUGUGUAUACAGGAGCAUGCGGUGUGGACCAGUCAGCAGUUCUGGGAGGCGGCGUUCUAUCAAGACGUCCAGAGGGACAUCAAGGCCCUGUACCUUCCAAGUCCUACGCAUCAUCAGAGGGUGCCCAGUCCGAGCAGAGACGAUGAAGAAUACAUAUCAUUACUGAAGGCGCAAGAGCCGAGCGCGUUGGAGAUAGCCGCCGAACAGAUGAGAUUAUGGCCCAGUCUACCUCCAGAAAAGCAACGGGAGUUAAUAGCUAGUGAAGAGUCUACGUUAUAUAGUCAAGCAAUACAUUAUGCAAAUAGGAUGGUGUACCUUCUACUGCCACUAGAGGGCGCGGGUAGAAGAGCUGACGCGAGGGGAGAUGACGCCGAUAGAGCUAGUAAUAGCAUAACUAAUAGUGUAGCAGAGUCCGAUAGUGCAGAUGCUGAAUCAGGGUUUGAGGAAGCGGAUCCUGGUGAAGCUGGCAAUAACGUUAUCAAAAUGGUUUCUAGAUUCGUUGAUAAGGUGUGUACCGAGGGCGGUGUCACAGCGGAACACGUGCGCUGCUUACAUCAGAUGAUCCCCGGCGUUGUACAUAUGCAUUUAGAAACGUUGGAUGCUGUCGCGCGAGAAAGCCGACGGCUACCCCCAGUGCAAAAGGCGCGCAUCGUGCCGCCGGCGCUGGUGGGCGGCGAGGCGCUGGCGGCGGCGGCGCUGCGCGCGCUGCUGGUGGCGGACGGCCGCGGCGCGGCGCUGCUGCCGGCCGACGGCGCGCUCUUCCUCACCAACUACCGCGUCAUCUUCAAGGGCACGCCCCUCGACCCCUUCGCGUGUGAACAGACGGUAGUGCGGUCGUUUCCACUGUGCUCGCUGACGCGCGAGAAACCCGUGCGGACGCACCACUUGCCCCACCUCGAGCAGCCGCUGCAGGAGGGGCUGCAGUUGCGCUCCGCCACCUUCCAGCUCAUCAAGGUGGCGCUGGACGAGGAGGUGAGCGGCGAGCAGACGGAGGCGUUCCGCAAGCAGCUGGCGCGGCUGCGGCACCCGCCCGCGCCGCACCUGCACUUCGCGCUCGCGCCGCGCGCCGCGCCGCCCGCGCCGCACGUGCACGCCAAGCACCACACGCUCAAGGGCUUCGCAAAGAAGACGCUGCUGAAGACGGCGCGCAAGGCGGGGCUGAAGCCGAAGCCGUCCAAGCGGCAGAAGUACGUGCUGCCGGCCGCCGACGCGCGCUCGCUCACCUCACCCCCCCUCAUGAGUUCGCUCUCCGCAGACACGCUCUCGCUGGAGGAGUUGGACGUGAAUGGCGGAUGCACGGGCGCUGAGACGGCGGAACGUGCCGCACGCACACUGGAACGCGUGCGUGAGCGGGCGUACGCACGCGACUGGGCGCGCAUCGGCCUCGCGCGCGCUCCCUUCCGCCUCACGCACGCCAACGCCGUGUACACGCUCUGCAGGAGGUACGCUGCCGCCCCGCACACCUACAGUACCGCACGCACGCACGCACGCACACCUACAGUACCGCACGCACGCACGCACGCACGCACGCUGCAGCGAGCGUACGCACGCGACUGGGCGCGCAUCGGCCUCGCGCGAGGUACGCUGCCGCCCCUGCGACUGGGCGCGACUGGGCGCGCAUCGGCCUCGCGCGCGCUCCCUUCCGCCUCACGCACGCCAACGCCGUGUACACGCUCUGCAGGAGGUACGCUGCCGCCCCGCACACCUACAGUACCGCACGCACGCACGCACGCACGCACGCUGCAGCGAGCGUACGCACGCGACUGGGCGCGCAUCGGCCUCGCGCGCGCUCCCUUCCGCCUCACGCACGCCAACGCCGUGUACACGCUCUGCAGGAGUUACCCGGCGUUGAUCCCGGUGCCGGAGAGCAUCGGCGACGAGUCGCUGCGGCGUAUCGCGCGCUGCUACCGGCAGGGCCGGCUGCCCGUCAUCACCUGGCGGCAUCCUCGCACGCAUGCGCUGCUCGCCAGAUCGGCAGCACCCCAUCACAAGGGCGUGAUGGGCAUGUUGAAGGCCAGCCACCAGACGCCGGGUACCACGCAGAGCGGCACUGAAACCACGUCCAGUUUAGAACAAGAGAGAUACCUGGCGACGCUAGUGGCGUGCACGCCCGCGUCCCGCGGCGACCUGGAGGACUCCAGCCUAAGCCUGGACUCGCUGUUGCUGUGCUGCGACGACGGCGGCCAGCCGCCCACGCAUACGCCGCUGCUCAGUAAGGCGGCCGGCACUCUCAGCGUGUUGGGCCGCAACAGUGGGGGGAAGGGCGGUGUGAGCACGGCCGGCAUGAAGCACUUCGGCCGCUGGGGCUCGCUCAAGGACCGCCGGCAGCCGUCGCACCUUGAACUGUACGCGCCCAGGCAGAGGCUGUCCACUGCGGACGUCGAUUCAGUGUCCGGGGAAGGCGGCGGCGGCGGCGGCGGCGGGCGGCGGGCGGCGCUGUACGUGGUGGGCGAGAAGGGCGCGGGCGGCGGCGGCGCGGGCUGCGAGCACGUGCCCGUGGAGUACCCGGACGGCCGCCACGCCAAGCACGCCUUCAAGAAGCUGCUGCGGGCCGCCGCGCCCGCCGCGCGCAACGACCCCGGCUUCCUGCGGUUAAUAGAAGAAUCGGGAUGGUUAUGGCAGCUCAGACAGCUGUUCCAGUUGUCAGGCGCGGUGGUGGACCUCCUGGACUUGCAGGGGUCGUCCGUGCUGCUCUCGCUCGAGGACGGCUGGGACGUGACUGCACAGAUAUCAUCGCUGGCGCAGAUCUGUCUAGAGCCUUACUACCGGACCUUGGAAGGAUUCCGCAUCAUCGUGGAGAAGGAGUGGCUGGCCUUGGGCCACAAGUUUCAGCAGCGGUCCAACAUUGCGCCCACCCCACAGCAGGGUUUUACACCCACGUUCCUUAUGUUCCUCGAUGCUGUGCACCAGCUGCAGAAGCAGUUCCCGCUGGCGUUCGAGUUCAACGAGUACUACCUGCGGUUCGUGGCGUACCACAGCGUGUCGUGCCGCUUCCGCACCUUCCUGCUGGAUAGCGAGGCGCAGCGCGCCGAGCUCGGCAUCACCGCCGCCGACGACAAGCGCGCCGACACCAGCCGCCUGGGCGUAGAGACGGGCGCGGGCUCGGAGGAGGAGUCGGGAGGGCCGUAUGGCGGCGGCUACUCCUCCCCGCGCUCGAACCAUGGACAGUCGUUAUUCGACUACAUCGACAGGCAGCAUCAGAAAUCGCCGAUAUUCUACAAUUUCCUCUACACGCCGGAUCUUGACAACCCUGUGCUCCGCCCGGUGUCGGCGAUCAACUGCCUGGAGGUGUGGCAGUACUACGUGAGCGAGGAGCUGUGCCACGGCGCGCCGUACGACCUGGAGGUGCUGUCGCCGCCGCCCGACCCGCAGCCCGCUCCUUCGCCCGCGCCCGCCUCCGCCUCCGCCUCCGCUACCACCUCCGCCUGCGCGUCUGCCACGCCGCAGCGGCGCGUCAUCACUGCUGGGUACGACAGCAUAGCGCGCAGUAUGCCGGACGCGUUCACCGGCCUGCUGGAGCGUAUCCGUCAGCUGGAGCUGGAGCUCGGCCACCUGCCGCAGAAGUGGCGCGUGCGCUGGGAACAGCUUGAGCUGCCUAAUACGCUCGAGUUGCAGUGCGUUGUGCGGCAGCGCGCGUGGUCGGUGCCGCCGGACGCGGCGCGGCGCGCGGCGCGCGCGCUGCAGCGGCGCGGCACGCUGGACGUGCUGGUGCGCGGCCGCCUGGCCGCCGCGCCCGCGCCCGCGCCCGCGCACCCCGCGCACCCCGCGCACCGCUGGGCGCCCGCCGCCGCCGCCGCGCCCGCGCGCUGCGACCACUGCCAGGACCUGCUCUGGGGGCCGCUCAAGACGGGUGUACGGUGCAUAGACUGCGGCGCGAGCUGCCACGAGCGCUGCGCAGACGCAUUCGCGCUGCCCUGCACCAAGUACAAGGCGCCGCCCACCGCCGACCGCGACCGCGACCGCGACCGCCCCUCCGCUGCCAACAGUGUGGCAACCCUACAGUCGUCGUCACAGCAAUACUACGAACAGUUCUCAUCGAACGUCGCCGAGAAUCGAACCCACGAGGGACACUUAUACAAACGAGGCGCACUACUCAAAGGAUGGAAGCAAAGAUGGUUCGUGCUGGAUUCCAUAAAGCACCAGCUUAGAUACUACGACGCCAUGGAGGACUCGCACUGUAAAGGAUAUAUUGACCUGGGUGAGGUGAUCACAGUGACGCAGGCGCCGCCCGCGCCCGGCCCGCCCAAGAAGUGUGACGACAGAUCAUUCUUUGACUUGCGGACAAGUCGGCGGACUUACAAUUUCUGCGCGAGCGAUGCGAACGCUGCGCAGGAGUGGAUCGAGAAAUUGCAAGCGUGUUUGCAGUGAACACGCCGCCGGAAUGCAUCGGACGCGAGACGCCACGGCUCACGUCGACACGGGUUACAAUCAACGCGCGUUUGGUAGACUACUGUAACCGCUUACCAUCAGGCGGGUCGUAUGCUUAAUUGACACCGUCGUUAUAAGAAAAAAUGUAACGCACGAACCGAUACCGACAAUCGUCCGCUAAUUGGUACAAAAUAUACUCAUACUUAGUCGAUAAUAUAAAAAAAAAAAAACUAUUUUAUUUUUUUAUAUUAUUUUGCUUUAAAGCCAUGUCAGUAAUUUAGGAUUUUUUUUAUCGUGAAUUGGGACUGAGACUUAGUUAUUAGACAGUGGGUAUUUUAAUUUCUAAAUGGGUAAAUAUCUCAAAAUUUAUUUACCCUGGGAAACAAGCUGAUGCACUCGACUUCAAUUUGUACUGACUUUCAUCUGAAAUUUUUUAUGCAAACCUAUAUAUUUUUAUUUGUUACUAAGAUAAUAACGGUUUCAUAGAAAAUGUUUGAGUGUACAUUAAAAUUUAUACCUUCAACAAGUCAUCAGAUUGAAGAUUGUUUCUUAUCAAAUAACUUAAGGAGUCAUUACAUGGUCAUUUUUAGUGAUGUAAUUUUGAAAUUAAUUUUUAAUUGACACAUCCUAUAUAAUGUUACUGAUGGUGUCAUAACUCCCUUGAUAUUGAUCAAUGGACUGAUUCGACAUGUCACAAAAUUAUUAACUCAAUUUCGCUCGGAUUUUUAAACGCCUGUGAUUUAGAUUUUAACUAAACAUAAAUUUUUUUAGCGUGUUCUAUUAAAAUAUUAAGUUUAAAUUUGCAAAAAUUUAAUGUAAACAAUAAUAGGUACUUACUAGGGGUGGGUACUAUAUAGCAGUAUCUAUCUAUUUUAGUUACAGUAACCAUAUACUGUUGUAAUAUAUUUUAAGUGUGUUAUCCAAAAAAAAAAAUAGAUAACAGACUUUUAACAUAUUCGGAAAUAGAUAUCCGACCGAUAUGAGCGAUAUUUAAAUGGGUGAUGACCUUUAUCCCGCCAUCAACGUCCACAGGAACCCAAUAUAUAGAUAUCGGAUCGGUAUCCACAUUACCCAUGUCUAGUACCUAUAUCAUGAACUCAAUAUUGGAGCCGAUUCUGAGGUGCCAUUUCGCUAAACUUAAUUUUUCUUAACCUUUUAGUAAUUUUUCAUUUCUUAAUAAUUUUAAUUUGAUACUUUCUCGAAAUUACUAUUAGAAAAUUUGUUCAUAUUAGUCUUUACAAUAUCUUUGUUCUCUCUCUGUGAUAUCAAAUUGAAAUUUUAGAUUUAGAAAUAGAUUUAGACAGAUGGCGCCUCAGUAUCGACCGCAUUGAGUUAUGUUGCAAAUGAAUGUAUCUAAAAAUGAGGUAAAUAUGUCUGAACGUAUCACUUCAUAAUAACAAUUAUGACAAAACAAGUUAGACAAAAUUGUUUCAGAUAAUUAUUUCUUGCAAUUACGAAACGUAUAAAACACAACAUAAAAACAAAAAUAUUUACAAAAUCGCAAAAAUACGUGAGCGUUCAAAAUAUAAUAUGGAGAAUUCUUAGUCAAUGUAUUUCUAUCUUCACGCCAGUUCCCUAUAUGGUAGGCAGAGAGAAUAUCUCGAUAUUUUUAUUGGUUUGGUGGUUACAUUCAUUUACCUUUCGUGGAAUACUGAAAUACUAACAUAGGACUAUUUCGAAAUUUACAAACGGUUUGUUCCUGAUGAACAGUAUCCGAAAACUAAGCCUAAGAAUUGAGAAUUAAUGUCGUGCCAAUAUUUAUAGCUCGACAACACAAUGUGCCGCACCCCCGCCUUACAGACGUACUUUACUAUAUACAGAAUAUAAACAUGGGCUUCGCUUCCCCGCUGUCCUAUCCACACACACACAUACACACGCGGACAAUUUCCCUUGGCGCUCGCACGACCCGCGUAUUCGCUGUGGAGUGCUGCGCGUCGUGUUGUCGAGCUACGCCGUGCGACGUCUGCAUUGCAUGGUACGCAAGAUCAAUGCUCAUAUUUAUACACUAGUAUAGAUUAAUGUCUAUAAAUAUAAUAAAAAAUAUUGUUACGUUGGUUAUAUGUAAAUAUUUUAUCUUAAUUAUUGUUGUGUAAAGAAUUUUGUUCCAUUAUGAAUAUUUUCGUUCUUAACAACGUGUUUUUAUAAUUUUAUAUUAUUAUUACAAAUCAUAGAUCACGCGAUGAGGUGAUUCUAUAACGUCACUAGCGUAUUGCGUACGAUAUUGCGUAUGUAUAUUUCCUUACCACGGCCACACACGCCCCGAUAAAUCGCAACGAUUGAUCGAAGCGUGCGUAGGCCGCAUUAGAGGCACGUUAUGUUGAAUUAAUGGAGAUUGCACUUUGUCAUUUACUUUCGACAUUGAUGGGUUGUUAUUGUAUUUGUACAAACUUUUACAUAUUAAUAGCAAGGCCUUUAGUAUAAACGUAUAGUGCUAAAUAUACAAUAUUAUUUUAAAGAGAUAUUAUUUUUUAUCCAAAAAUCUCGUUCCACUGAGCAGCCUUCAUUGUUACUUGGUCAUUUUGUAUUUUUAUGUAAAUAAAUAUUCGGUAUUUUAGUUCACGUAUUAUAGAAAUGUGCCGGCGCGGUGUAGCUACUAUCUCUUUGUUUUGUAUAUAAAAAUAUUUCUCGUCUGUCUGUUUGCAUUUACGACUGUAUCGACUGAGUGGGUUAUAUGUUAUUAUUAAGGUAUAUAUAAUGACGGAGCGACUCUAUUACAAUAUCAUUUUAUGAUAGUACCUUAUAAUAUAUAAGUUAGUAGACUUAAUAGAGUCGCAGUCUUAAACACGUUACUGCUCGCGCGUAAUUAUCCUAAAACUGACGACUGACGUGUUUGUUCGAACCUAAUGUAACAGAUCAAGCAUAUAUAUAUAGUGAGUCUCUAUACAACGAGUCUAGUCUGUUAAAAACUGACGCCGCCAUCUGUACGUUCAAAGAUCUAGUUGCAAUAUUUACAUUUGCUAGUUUUACUCAUGUUAAAGUUCAAGUUAAUUGACUGACGGAUCGAUUCAUGUUAUAUACAAAAAUGUUUACCUUUACAAAAGUGAUCGUACAGUAAUGAGAAGUCAUAUUGGAAUUUAACAGAUAUUUUCUUACCAUUCAUUGUUCUCCGUUAUGGUAUUAUUAUUAUGUCAAUUUAUAUUAAUAGCUAAAUUAGAUUUUUUUUUAUAUAAUGUAUGUUUAUAAUCACUGCCCUUACACGCUGUUUUUACCUCAUGGCUAGAUGGUAGAGAAUGCCAUAGGGCAUAGAGGUCGCCAUUUGUACAAAUUUUAAUUGGAUUAAAAAAAUUUAAUAAAUAACUAAAAAACACUAAAUAACUGUCAAGUUAUUUUUUUACAAUCAGUAAUUUUCGAUAGAUUUCCUGAUUGUAUAAUGUUCUUUUCGAAGUUUUAUUCGUACCGUAUGUAGUCUAUUGAAAUUAAAAGUUUUAGAUAUUUAAAUUUUUAAUAUUUGCUUGGAAAACGUAAUAGUAAACAUUUCUAUGUAAAAAAAAUUAUUCUAUAUAUAAAUUUUAAUCUACUCGUAUUUUUCAUGUAAUACUUAAAAAAAAAUUAUAAAUUUUUGUGAUACUGUACAAUGACUGGGCUCGGAAAUAAAAAUAUUUUUAUUGUAAGGUAUUUCAUUAUGAAGGGUACUCACAUGAGUAAAACUGGCAGAUAUAAAGGCAGUCUUAUUAUAUGGCGGUCGCUAGCUUUAAAUUACUAUAAUGACAAGCGUGCAGAGAUUAUUCGUGCCAAAUAAAUGCACAGUGUACGUUCUCCACAAGUCAGUUGUUCGACAUUGCAGCACCGCUUAAAUUAUGCCAUAUGUAUAAGAUGUCGAGCAAUAAGUUGCCUUAUAUGUACUUGCAUAAUAGGUGCUUCGAAUCCCAAAUUACCAGUGUACUAUGAAGUAUUAUUACAUGUAUAAUGUGUUAUAAUAUAGGUACACAAUGUUUAAAUAAAAUUAUAUGGAAAUUGACAUAUUUAAAAUUAACAAUGUUAAAGAGGCAAAACUUUAACAAUAGCUAAGAUUUUUAAAACAGAGUACACUUGGAAUCUUUACUAUGGAAAUCAUACAACGAAUCAUAGACUCUUAGACAUUCAGAACCGAAUCAUUUUUUAACUACCCAUAUUAAUUUGACAAAACUGACUGUUGAUCUUUCAGUAUUAGUGUUACAUUAUCACACCAAUCAGGUUCUCAAGCAAAUUUCGAGCCAAUUUAGAAAAGUUCAUUUCGUAGAUUGACCCAACCGGCAAUUAAAUCCGGGACUUCAUUUAUACAAAACAUGCCCACCACUGCGCUAUGGAGGUCGUCAGUAUGAACGUAUUGAAAUACUCUACAGAAAAAAGGGCUUUUGAAAUAAACUUUCUUUACACUGAAUCUAGAUAUAGCGGCUAUAUUGACAUCAUAUUAGAAAAAAAAAUGUUUUCAACGAUCCAAUAGGUUCCGAGUACAUUUUACUGUUCUAAUACUUCAAAGUAAUUCACGUACAUCUUAGAUUCGGUUAGACCGUCUCCUCGAUGAAUUCGACGCCGGUUGCUGUUUUUUUUUUUUUUUUUAUAUAUAUUCAAAUAGGCGCGGCGACAGCUCGCCCUCACACGGUUUUCUGUACAGCGGUAGACUAGCAUCAAUGUAACAAGUGCGUUGCGUACCAAUAAAUGAGAUUUAUAAUA